ACUUCUGAACUGUGGACUUUCUAUUUCUGGGGAAACAAAGACUACAGCUGCAACAGUUCUAUCUCCACUGCACUUGUGAAGAACAUCUCUGUGUUUUGUACUUGUUGUAUCGUCCUUCAGAGAGAUGUCGAGAGGACUUCUCUUCCUUGCCUGUGUCCUUCUCCUAGUCGAGCUGUCUCAUUGUGCAGGGUUACAAAAUGGUGACAUGAGGCUGGCUGGAGGCAAGGGCUCUCACGCGGGCCGGGUGGAGGUCUAUAUCGAAGGAGUGUGGGGUACUGUGUGUGACGACGGCUGGGACAUAAAGGAAGCCCUAGUGGUGUGUCGCCACCUGAACUUCCCCAGUGCCAGAGAAGCUGUUGACGGAGGACGGUAUGGGGCAGGGCAAGGUCCGAUCUAUUUGGAUGAUUUGAAUUGUAUGGGGACGGAGACAGACCUCACCAAGUGUGAAUCCCCCGGUUUAGGAAUAUCAGACUGCAAACACGCGGAAGACGCAGGGGUUGUCUGUGCCAUUGACUCUACAAAGAAUCCUGUGGAAUUAUUCGUGGAGCACAGCACGACGAUCUCUGGAUUCCUGGGAGAGCUGUUUGAAAGUGGCCGUGACUGUGAUCUGAUCUUGUCUGUGGUGGUGGAAAGCAGCACUGUGGAGACCAUCUGUGCACACAAACUCAUUCUCUCUCUGGUGCCCAGCUGGUCCUCCGAGGCCAACCUCAGCAUUGAGGUCAGCUCCAAGUGCCAACCACAUGUCGCGCACUUUGUCAGGUAUCUGUACACCGGACAGAUGAACAUCACCAAUACCUCUUCCCACUGCGUUCACAAGCUGGCUUCCGAGUGGGGCUUAAAAGCGCUUCAGGAAGAGGUGGGAAAACUGUUGAUCCUGCUGCUCCCAGAAGAUGAAACCUUCCAAGCUCAGUCAUCAUUGUUUGAUUACGCAGUCAGCAUGGACGAUGGAGCUCUGCAACAGUCCUGCCUUCGCUACAUGGCCUGGAACUGUGAGGCGCUGGUCGCGUCCCCGGCGUGGACCGGUCUGUCCGUCCACGCUAUCAAGGGUCUCCUUUCUCGCACAGACCUCACGGUGCCCAGUGAGUACUUUGUCAUCCAGGCUUUGGAGAAGUGGGAGGAUGCCCAAGGCAAAGCAUUGGGGUCGGGGGAUCAGUUUGACCUGUUGAAGCUCAUACGGUUCCCCAUGGUCUCUGCUGAGGAUUUGAACCGGCUCAAAGAUUCACGUUAUCAGGCAGGGAAGUUAGAGGGUUUUCAGUUCAACGCCUUAACCAUGGGUAAUCUGUUAGGCGAGCUCAUGAGCAAUUGGAAGUCCUACACUCCCAGGAUCUACACCGGCAAACCGUGGAGUUACAGCUUCACAUCGGAAGAGGUGUCAGUUUUCAAAACAACGUCACUAUAUCCCAAGGGGUUAAACCAUGGCGAACUUGCCUUCACAUUCCGCACACCGGUACACAACAGUGCCUACUUUGCGCUCUUCGGCGAUAUUGGAUGGUACACAAGGUUGUUUGUUAAAAGUGACGAAUGUUCCUACAGCAGCACUAGGGUCUGCCCUUCCGCAAAGCUGUCGUUGGAGAACGGAAACAGUGCUCUGCCUGAGUUGUAUAAAAACGCGAUUGUUUACAAGAACAAAAUAGUUAUCCGCUGCGAUGGCCGUUAUGUCUCCCACAUUCAGGACUUCAAACAUCCUCAGGAGGACACCACGAUCCCACGAAACCACGGUUCAGGCCAGGUCUACCCAUGCCACUCGGAUGAAUACUCCUACACUAUGGUGAUCCGUCCUAGGUACCGCACAGGGUUGAACUACACUGAGGUUGAAGAGGAAUGAGGAAUUUAACGGGGUAAACAUUCAAUUUGAAUAAGGAGUAAACAUUACUCAACUGAUUUUCUUUUGCCCUUUAUUCUGUUUUGGGCAUUUCCUCCCAGUGCAAAUAUGUUUAAAUUAGUUACUGAAAGCAGUGUUCUGAAAUGGGAUCAAUUAAUAGUUUUUAAACCUAUGUUGUGAGUAAAAGAGAAGACAAUAUUUAAAAUAUUGUUGCAAGUGGCCUGUAUGCAUCGCCUCCACAUGGUUUUGCAAAGCUGUACAUGUCUUAAAGAUAUUGAUGUGGAUGGUUCCAACAUUCUCAUAUAUUCUCGUUUUUUUACAUUUCUCACAGUGCAAAUAUGUUUUUGAAAAUGGGGUUUUAAGAUGGGACAUAUGUAAUUAUAAUUCGUAAUCCCAUGUUACAAAUAUAACAACCAAAAAAACAUUGAAAUGUUAAUGCAUGAUUGUGGACUAUAUGGAAAUAGUACAAUUCCAGGUCUUCUGGGAAUGUUUUUGGUCGCUGUGUCAUAAUUCAGCUAAAUUUUUAAUAUAUUGUUGCUUAAGGCACACUCAUUAACGAGAAAAUGUCAAACUGGCACUGCAUGUUGAAAAGGUUGCUGACCCCUGCUGUAUAUAUAAAUGCUUCACCAAUAUAAUAACAAUAAGAAUAGACAUUUAAAUAAUAAAAAUUAAAAUUAAUGCUCAAUGUGUUUUUAAAUUUCUGAACAAAAGUAAUGGUACAGGUAUGGAGUGUCUUAAUCCCUGCCCCUAUAUUACAUUAAAUUGGAACUAGGCCUUCGUCCAAGAUAGGAAAAUAAGAUAGCUAUCGGCAGCACAAAUAGGAAUAGUUAAACUAGAAAAAUAAAUAAGUGGCUUCAUUCUCCACAAAAAAAACAUGCACAUCUUGAAUGCAGGCUAUUCCUAUUGGUUAAAUAUCUAUAGUGAACUAAGGGUCUCAUGUCAGUUUUGGUUUGUGCAUGAAGCCCUUGCUUUAUCACAGUAACAAAACACGUGGCUGCUACAAUGACACUUGAUGUCCCAUAACUUGAU